GAUAGCUGGUUURGAGACCAUCAGUUCUUAGGGGAUCUCAAAACCAAAUUCGCAAGGAAUUUUUUGGUAUCCUCUCGUACCAAAUAACCGGACUGUGUCAAGACUGGCCGCCUGGCGUCCAUCUUGCUGUUGAGACUAGUGUUUUUCAAGGAUUUUGGGGCGUUMCUUGAUAAAUCAAAGGUCGAGUGGCUGGAGUUUCAAGAGAUCGAUUUCUACGCAUGCGCCGAUUUGAGUCCGCUGGAGUCGAGUUUUUUGUUAUGGUGGUAACACUCGAGUGACCCGUUAAAGGGAGCAAGUCAUAACGAUAGUGAUAUCAUGACAAAAAUCACGUCAUAUUGAACCAAAGACGAUCCUCCCGUCCGCUUGCAUAGCUCUUCCAUCAACAGGAAGUUAGGCCAAGUGGAGAGCAAGGAGGGCGAGGAGGAAGGACAAUAAACUGUUUUUAGUGAUGCCCAAAUCUUUUCUUGUCAAGAAAACAUCGCUUGCAAAACGACGACUGUCACAAGAAGCUGAUCACGAUAACGAUGCUCUGGAUUCAUCURAGGAUAGAGAUGGGAUAAAAGCAGCGUUUAUUCCGAGGGUAAUAGUUUCCGGCAAUGGUAGCUAUGGCAAGACCAGUCCCUAUUCCGUAAUCCACAGCAAUCCUGCUACCUACUCAAACAGUUUUACUGGAUUUCACCACAACCUCGACACGCAUGGGCUUCAUACACUUGCAGACCUUUGCCUACGUUCAGAUUACAACCCGCCAUUACAGAUAAGCACACACAAUAGCCCAAUAGCACAUAGCUAUGCCACAAGUGAACAAGUCAAAACCGAGUCGUUUAGUACAAGUAGAGAUAAUGAUCUUUCUCCCGUGGCGUCGGACGGAGACACCGAGGAUAAAGAAGCCCGGGCAACUAAAAUGAUCGAUGUUGUAGGGGAAGACGACGAACGAAAUCUCGCAGUUGGUGUGCAAGGUGUAAAUUCDCAAAGACUGGAAAGACUUGAUGAUGAAUUGGAAAAAAUGCUGCAAGGCAAUGAUGAAAUUAUUAGCAGAGAAAUCCGAGAAUUUCUCGAUAACAACAGAACAUGUCAAAAAGAAGCAGCUCGAGUAUCGACAUUGAGUCAAUCUGAAAUCGCACGAUUUCUUAACGAGGGCCUUGAUAUAAAGGAAGAGAAGAAAACGAAGUUUUAUCGCUGGUAUCUGGAAAAGAAGCUUGGGGCGAUGGAUCCUGAUGAUGAAAGUUUCACAUGUUACAAGUGCGGUAAGAUAUUCGCSUAUCAAAACUAUCUCGARCGACACGUUAAGUACGUUUGCCCGGAUAAAACUGGGAGRACAUGGAAGUGCUCCUACUGCAGUAAAGCAUUCCAAUAUCCGUGUUAUUUAAGAAGACAUAUGAGAUCUCAUACAGGUGAAAGUCCUUACAAAUGUACACAAUGUUCACGGGCGUUUGUUCGGUCCACCGACCUCCAAAGACAUCUGCGCAACCAUACGGGCGAGAAGCCAUACAAAUGCAAGGAAUGCUCACGCGCCUUUGCACGCUCCACUGACCUCAAACGGCACAUGCGCACUCAUACAGGUGAAAAGCCAUACAAGUGUUGGCAGUGUUCGAAGGCGUUCUCACAGUCAGGAAGUCUUCAAACUCACUUGCAUACCCACUACAAGGAAUCCCUUCAAAUGAAAGGUGUUCUUCCAGAGUCGGGAAAAACACACAAGACAUGAGAUGCCACUUAUGCGAUCCUGUCAACAGCCAAUCAGUGGCCCAGCACUUACUAUACUGGUACCCGUAUGUACGGUCAUGGGCUAUGAUAUUAUUCCAUUGUCAAGGUAACACUGAGGAAUCAUGGGAAUUGAGGUAAAAGGUGAUAGCAAUAAGAAGUUAUCGGAUAAGGUUUAAUAAAUCAUCAAAAAGGGCAUGGAACAUAAACAAAGCAAUGCUUUGAAUUUACUUUCAUUAUAUACUUUAAAUUAUCUAAAAUAUAUUUUUGUGCUAAAUGCUUUUGAUACAGCAGAUUGACAGUUAAGCACAACGUUAAUUAUUUGUCAAACUUUUUGACACAAACUUUAUAUACCUCUCAACCUUUUUCUUCGCUUCGCUGAAUUCUUUUGGUUGAAAACCCCAUCACUCUUCCAAUCACAUCAUCCAGCAUUUAGGAAAUCAUAAUCAUUAUAAUGCAGUUGACAAUUUUGAAAAAUGACACACAAUUUUGAAGCAGAGUUCGCAAUGGCAAUUGCUAUUCACAUCGAUCGGCCAUUUUUUGAAGCUUUCUAUUUCGUACUGUAUUUUAGGUUUUGAAUACCGUACUAAUGAUACAAUUAUUGUGGAAAAAAACAGUUGUCGCGAAUAAGCUGAAAUUGCACAAAGAGUUUUCUUUUCUCUCAUGUCUUUAACCACCCCUUCCUCUUGUUCAGUGUUGCCUCCUUUUUUAACCUGCAUCUGUUACAUCGACGACUACCAUGAUCUUUGCAUCGUGGAAUAGGGGAAGCAAUGGCUUCAAUAUGUAAAGAUAUACGAUCUUAUAGAGAACAUAAUGAACAUUUAGCAAAGGCGAUCCAACACAAUAACAUUAUUUUCGACAUUKCUGCAAAUAUUUGUUUCACAGUGACUCGUAACAGAAAAUUCACGCAGUUUUCUUUUCUUUUCUUUUCUUUUUUCCCAUCCCUUCUUUCUCUGUCCCUGUUGUUAUUCCGCAUUAAGGCAACCCGUAAAAAAUAUUCACCAAUCAUUAAGAAAUGAGCGAAGCCAAGGAAUGGUUAAUAACAAUAUUUUACUAUGUAAAUAAAAGAACUAGUUUAGCAAUAUAUAAGAUAUUAUAUAUCACUUUGGUAUUUUUGUCUUAAAAAUGAAUUAGCUUUUUAAGCACUUUAGACUGAUUAUAUUAAUCAGAUAUUAUUAAUGGAUUAUUAGUCGAGAUAGUGGWAGAAAGCUGUGAUAAUUAUUCGUAGAAUAGAUACAUCAAAAACUAAAUCAGUUAAUUAUAAUUUUACUCUACACCUUUUUCGCCAUGCAGCCCGUAAAGACCUAAAAGAAUUUCGGUAAUGUUUUGAUGAUAUUUGUGAUAUUUGCUUUGGAGCAGCUAUUUGACAAUGAAGCAACAACAUGAUAGGCGGUUGUACUAGAACUAGAUUGGCUGCAAAAUUACGUCAUAAACACACUUACUAGAAUGCUUUGCCCAAAGACCUUGUGCUCUUUGUGCAAAAUUACGCCAUAAACACACUUACCAGAAUGCUUUGCCCAAAGACUUUUUGCUCUAUGAUGCUGAAAAGUGUUGGUAGCUGCAGAUCACAUAGUGCAAAUUUCCUUUUCGCCAUUGAUGAGAUUUGUUUCGGUUCGAAAAACAUUACYGAGAUUCUUUGGAGUAAUAAGAGCAAGACUACUAUCUAGUCUUCCAUGACGAUUAUUGAACUAGGUGUAGCUUAAUCAACUACAGAAAAUUAAGAAUCCAUUUUAUGUAUUAUAUCUGCUUCGGGCAAUACAAAAUAGCAACUGACCGGUUUUUAUCUUUUUCUCCUUUURCUAAAUUGCAUGUAAACGCUACCRCAUGUAAAUUUUCAACACAAGCGUCUUUAUCGGUAAAGCUAUAUAGACCUUUCCGUUUUGUGAAGAGCCAAGCCUUAUCUUUGAUCUAACUCUGUAUCGACUCGUAGGCAGAGAAUAUUUCUGUGGAGUUAAUUGAAGUAUACUAGAUUUCCCUUCCACUCAGGCUGAAUCAAUUGUUUSGUAAUGGCUUGCAACGAAUGGUAUAUAUGGACUUGUACAUAAAGCUCAAUCAGUUUCCUUUUUUCACUAUGAAAGCUCAAAACACCUUUAAGGCGCCUUUUCCAUUUAAACAUGCUUUUCUACUUUUUGCUUUUUUUGCUUUUCAAACGCCUAAAAAUGGUUWAGCACGUGUUUUUAUCACGUGAAUUUACCAUGUGCAUGGUUUUAUCACAUGACUUUCUCAAACGCUGAUAUCAUGCGAUUUUGUCACGUGAUCAAUACAGUAUCACAUGACCUUAUUUAAACAAUACAGCAGUUGAUUCUGUGAUUGCUGCCCGCGAAAUGGAUGUUCCUAAAAGCAAAUAGUUGCACRAGGACGCAGUUCGAUGGCGACUACGAAUUUUUGAUKAACAUCCAGUUUUCAAMGGCAACUAUCACAGCGAAAUGCWCRAGAUUUUAACUGCUCUAUUGUUUUUAUUAUUCAACAACAAAAGKCGGGCUCUAUGCACUAAUAGUAGCCUUCCGUSGCGGCAACUAUUGCGUAACGUKGUCGACUCUCCACCAAUGAUAGCGGAGGAAAMUUUGUUGUUGAAUUACAAGACGUGAUAGAUGCUCCUUGUUAAUCAUGUGAUUSUUAUAAGGUCAGCGUGUAGCGGGUGGAUUUAUGAUCAAUUGGAUUAGUUAAUUACAUUUUAUUUUUGGUCAUUUUCAUAUUUGAUAUGUACUAUUCAUGUAAAUACCUUAUAUCGCACGUACAAAUAUAUUUAUAUACGUUCUUAGUUUCAAUUUAUUUUUUUGCUUUUAAACUUCAAUUUAUAUAAUAUCAUUGCAAUUUCGUAUACUGUAGUUAAAGCCAUUAAAGAAUUGACCUUUUCCUACACAUUUAAAGGCCUAUAUUUUGCUUGGUAUUUCUAUGGUAUUUUUGUUAUCAUCAUUCAUAGGUGAAAACAAGUUGCAAAAAACAUUAUGAACACUUGAGCACUUUACCCAAUUAGCCGCUCCCCUUACCCCUUACACAAAAAAAAGAGAAAAAAUGAUUUGUUGUACAAAUCUAAUGCAUUCAGGCAAGAGUAAAGUGAGAUUAUAUCGAUCCAACUUCAACGACCCGCAAACUCGUCGCGCAACGUAGACUUUUCGUGCCACGGACUAAUCAUAAUUUAGUUAUACUCAUCCUGUUUUUUUGGGACAGGUUUUCACCUUAAGAAUAUAUCACUUUUGAACAGUUAGCAGGUGUUGUCUAAAACAAAUGGCACUCUAUCAACUGAUCAGAUGUGAUAUGAGCUUGUGAACUCACUUGACAAAUGUGGGGCCAGUUUGUACGAUGGGUGAAUAGCCCUAUCCAAAGUAUGAAUCCCWGCAAAAUCUAUAUAGUGGAUAAACUUUGUACUCGGUAGGUUCAACUGGCCCUUGAUUUGCACAUUAUUUACAUAGGAAAUAAGAAUACAUUUAGAGCUGAUGGAGUCCAGUUGUGUCGCCUAAAACUACCCUUCACGAGGUGGAGUGACAUAACGACAUAUAGAUUAAGRGAAUCAUAAACCCGUGAAAUAGAUACUUAACAAAUACAUAUAUUUGUCGCAAGUUGUAUGUUUUCUUUUGUGUUUUUAGGAUAAUAUCCUAUUUGGUAUUUAUUUCACGGUCUUAAUGAGCCCAAUCCAAGAUAGAUUACAUUGCAUUACUUACGUCGUUAUGUCAAUGUCAAUACGUAUGUGGCUAGUGUACCUUUUACUAGAAUAGAGGUUUAGCRUCAACACGUCACCCAUGUAGCAACCAUUGCUAGGACGCCUUGUUGAAAGGCAUGUACAUCUAAUAUGAAAAAAGACUGAAACGAAUGAAUUUAUGAUUAUCGUUCCUACUCAGAAAGACAGACAUUCAUCUUUSGGCUUAUCGGAUUUACAUGCCAUCCAACAUGGUGGCCUAGAUAGCAACAGUUGCUACUUGAGUCACAUGGUGUAAAACCCCUAUACCAAGAAUUCCAAAUCAGAAACAGUUUUGGUGAACUUAUAAGAAAUGCAUUAUACGCUAACAAAGUGUAUAAAAUCCUUAUACUACAUCUGUCACGAUUCCUCUUUGGCGAUACUAUAAAAAUAACCUCUGUAGAAACGGGAUUUAAAACGGUGAAUUCUGAUUGGUCUUCUAGGGCAUUAACUGGACGUACAAAAACUCACCGGACCACCAAAAACAGCACUUAAAAGUAUUGKUUUACGUAUCUUUACGUAUCAUAGCAAAACUACUGGCCAUAAAUUAUGAUAAAUCUUUCCCAGAGCUGGUCUCUUUGCACUUAAUUAAACUGUUAUAACUGAAA